CUGCGCGUGUGCGAAGUCGUAAAAAUCAUGAAAAAAAGGUCACGAACUCUGACCCUCCCACUAACACCAGCAAACAGAUAAAAUAUUAAUUUAUUGAAAGCAAUACAUUAUCCAGUAUAAGUUCCUCGAAGGGUAAGACAUAUUUAUUCUCGUAGAGGCAUGAGGGGUUCGUGAAGGAGACACGAGUGGCUGAUAGCAUAAGAAGGAAGGGAGUGUUCAGUGGGUCUGCAACAAGGAAGCUGCCAUUAGCUACCAGCUAGCAAGGGCUAAUUGUCGUUCGGUACAGACAUUAAAUUCGGCAAGUAUGUAAUAAUGUUGACAUUUUAACGCAGCUUCACUGUCGCACAUUUAGCGCUCGUAUUGGCUGUUCGGUGUCGUAAAGAUAGCGGUGUUAGAACGCAUGCUAGGUAGCCACUAAGCUUGUCAGUGCUACCUGAUACUAGCUGCAAUGCUAACGUUGCUAACCAGAUUUCACAAACUUAAACAAUCACAUCGGUGAAGGCGCGACGUCUGCGCGUUGGAGUGUCAAAACGUCAACGAUGUAGCUUUAACGCGACAAGAAAAUUACAUAUUACAGUAUGAGAUUGCAUGCAACGUUAUCUUUGUUGUGAAAGCCUCCGUGAACGCUACUACUCAACACCACGGGCCUGAAUCCUAGCAUUGUUUAACCCUUCAAUGUUGACCUUUCACCCACAGGAAAAGAAAUACCUUUACCUUCCGUAUCGAUUUUAAAUAGCAGACUGACAGGAGCUCGUUUGUGUCACUGCUGCAGCUUUACCGCUUCCCUGAAGUCUACUUUCAGUGAUUUUAAUGUGUUUUAAAUGUGCUGUUUCGCGCUAGCGCCGGUUAGCUCGGUUAGCACAGGCCACAAACUAACGUGUCACGCAAUGUUAUGUAUAGUGUACAGUUUAUCUGUUAAUUUAUUACUAUGGUUCUCAUAAGAGUACCCACAUGUGCCGUUUUUUCUCUAUAUGUGGGGCCAAUUACGAAAGUGUGCUGAGUCUGAUUUUGCACAGUAACAAAAUGAUCGCAUUUACGGUUGCAUUACAACCAAAAUAUAACUUAAACCUUGUGAUUCCCUGUUCCAGUAGCGAGGAGCAUUAUCGCGCGCAGGCAUUGCAGUUCACUGGCAGCAUCAACGCCUCUGAACUGAAGUAAUUCUCAGAGUAUCAUUAUACACAUCUCGUACUCUGCGAGAUAGAUUUCUUGUAGUUUGCCCACAUCUAUAUAGUGUACAAUGAUAUGAUGCUUAAAACAAAAAUUCCUUCACGGCAUCAGCACAUGUACUAAACCUGUGUGCAAGGAUGUUUGCUUGAACAUACAACUUGCAGCACUGCAUGGACAUCAAGCUUGAGUUGUUAGAUUUUUGCCAUGAUAACAAAGUCAACAUAUGACUGACUCUCUCUCUCUAAAGGUGUGUGACCCUCAUGGGGCACUGAUGUGAAGAGCAGUGCCAGAAGGUGUGUGAAACAUCAGAAUGGAUGGACAGACUCAAAGGAUUCAGCUCGUGUCAGCAGACAACAACAUGGCCUUAGGACAUAGAAUCCAGAUUGUAACAGAUCAGCAGACUGGACAGAAGAUCCAGAUUGUCACUGCACUUGAGCCAUCUUCCCCUGGAAAGCAGCAGUUUAUUCUUGCAAAUGCCGAGUAUUCUCCUGGUGGGAAGGUUAUUGUGGCCAAGCAGGAGGGCUCACCCAACAAGGUCAUCCUAUCUGCCCCAGAUGGUUCUGGGGUUAACCAGCUGCUGUUUGCCUCUCCUGAACUGGCUGGGCAGCAGAUUCAGUUUGUGACUGAGGGCUCAGACCAGUCGAUUGUGAAGCCAGUUGUGGAGUACUGCGUUGUCUGUGGAGAUAAGGCCUCAGGGCGUCAUUAUGGUGCAGUCAGCUGUGAGGGGUGUAAGGGCUUCUUCAAGCGCAGCAUUAGGAAAAACCUAGUGUACACAUGCAGGGGAUCUGGAGAAUGUGCCAUCAACAAGCUUCACCGAAAUCGGUGCCAGUACUGUCGACUGCAGCGCUGCAUAUCUCUGGGCAUGAAACAAGAUUCUGUGCAGUGUGAGAGGAAGCCAAUGGAGGUGGCCACCAGAGAGAAAUCAGUCAACUGUGCUGCUUCCACCGAGAAGAUCUACAUCCGGAAGAACCUCUGUAGCCCACUGGCUGCCACACCCACUUUUGUAUCGGACAAAGAAACUGCCAGGUCUACAAGUUUGCUGGAGUCGAGCAUGUUGCUUAACAUCCAACAACCUUUCUCCAAGAUGGAAAACACCAUCUUCAUCCCAACGUCCCCCGAAAAGGACGACCCAUCUCACGGUGACCUUGGUACGCUGGCAAACGUAGUGACUUCUCUCGCCCACCUCAAUAAAGCCAGGGAGGCAAAUGAUGGCGGAAAUGAUCUGAUGGGAGAUGAAACACUUAGCAAUGGCGACAGCUCGAUGACAGACAUCCAAGGAGAUGAGCAAACUGCAAGUGAAAUCACCCGAGCUUUUGACACCCUGGCUAAAGUGCUGCACCCUGGGGAUGGAUCCGCAGCAGACUCCCUGGAGGCCACAAUGCAGCUGAUGUCAGGGGACCAGUCAGGUCCUGUGGUGGAGUUGGAAGGACCUCUGCUCUCUGACAGCCACAUCCCUUUCAAGCUCAUCAUGCCGUUGCCUGUGCCAGAGUACCUCAACGUUAAUUACAUCUGUGAGUCUGCUUCCCGCUUACUUUUCCUCUCUAUGCAUUGGGCACGCUCCAUACCAGCCUUUCAAACCCUUGGAGGAGAGGACAAUGACAUCAACUUAAUGAAGGCCUGCUGGAAUGAACUUUUUGCCCUGGGUCUGGCACAGUGUUCCAACAUUAUGAAUGUUGGUACAAUCUUAGCUGCCAUUGUCAGCCAUCUGCAGACCAGCUUACAGGAAGACAAGCUGUCCCCAGAUCGAGUAAAGCUAGUCAUGGAGCACAUUUGGAGGAUGCAGGAGUUCUGUAACAGCAUGUCCAUACUCUCCCCAGAUUCUUAUGAAUAUGCCUACCUCAAAGCCAUUGUUCUCUUCAGUCCAGAUCACCCAGGCAUAAAUAACACCCCGCAGAUUGAGAGGUUUCAGGAGAAGGCGUACAUGGAGCUGCAGGAUUAUGUAACCAGGACCUACCCAGAAGACUCCUAUCGGUUAUCCAAGCUGUUGCUGCGUCUUCCUGCCCUCAGGCUGAUAAGUGCAGCUGUCACAGAGGAGCUGUUUUUUGCCGGGCUCAUCGGCAAUGUGCAGAUUGACAGCAUUAUCCCUUACAUCCUCAAAAUGGAGUCCACUGAUUAUAAUAGCCAGGCAGUCUCUGGUGGCGUUUGACACUCUGUGCUGUUUGCGAUAUCAACAUUGGACUGUGAAAACUCAACAGCCAACCAAUCAGAGCGCUUCACAAGACUGGUCAUUGAGCAGUCAUAACAAACUGUAUUUAUGACACAACAUCCUGUGUUUAUUUUUUCCUUCAUUUUUACCUUGCGCCGACCUCUGGCUCCUCAGUAAGCAGUCGGUAGAGCUCAGCUCACAAAGAGGACAAAUUGAAACCAGUAGAAAGUGAGACCGCCAACAUCUGCCCUUUCAGGAAUGAACCUUUGAAAACUGCACCAUAGAUUGUGCUUUUUAUUGUACAUAGUAUUUUAUGCUUCAUGGUCUCCAAGCUUUUCCUUUUCUGCAGAUCAUAUUUGUACUUUGAAGGAAUCUGAAUGCUUUGUUUUUCACUGCUUUCAUACAUGACCAUGCUUUUUUUUUCCAGUAAGUAUGAGGAAACAAUACUUGUUACAAUGUGAAAUUCAUUGUGAGAUAUUACUAUUGCUGAAGGUUAUAACCUUUAUUUUGUAUAUGUUUGCCAAUCGAAUGGAUAAGGAAGCAGCACUCUCCAACUGUUCGACAUGGAUAUCGAUUUAUGUGGAACUGAAAUAUGAAAUGUGUAUAUAGAUUUGUAUAUAGACUGCACCAAGAAGGCUUUAAUGGGCAGCACUUGGUAAUAACUUGGAUUCAAUCUUUUGGACAAAUCAAAUAUUGAAUGUGAACAGUAAACAGUCAAGUUAUUUGACAAUAAAAACAUCUUUCAGUCA